UGGUCUGCCACAACCCAGGCCGACCUUGCGAACCUUCGAAUCAACACAACCGUCGUCAACAAUCACCAACAAACCCGCCGCCGACCGCGCGAACAGCCCCCGACCUCCCCGAACAGGAACCUCCAUUCCGCGAUCCAUCCUUCGAAUACCGACCGUCAAUCUCGCCCAAGAUGUCGUGGGCAGGCUUCAAGAAGAAUGUCAACCGCGCGACCACCCAGGUCAUGAUGAAGACUGGGCAUGUCGAGAAGACAAACGAUAGAGACUACGAGGUGGAGGAAAGGCGCUUCCGCACUAUGGAGGCCGCAUCGAAUCGCUUGCAGAAGGAGGCAAAAGGCUACCUGGAUUCACUAAGGGCCAUGACGGCCUCACAAAUGAGGAUCGCCGAGACCAUAGACGCAUUCUACGGAGACUCGGGCGCCAAGGACGGUGUGAGCAGGAGUUACAAGCAAGCUGUCGAAGACCUUGACGCAGAAACCAUCAAAGCGCUUGACGGUCCCUAUCGAACCACAGUUCUCGAGCCCAUCACCAGAUUUUGUUCUUACUUCCCAGACGUCAAUGAAUGCAUCAAGAAGCGCGGGCACAAGCUUCUCGACUAUGAUGCACUCCGGGCGCGAGUCAAGAAGCUGGCCGAGAAGCCGGACAAGGACGUGACGAAGCUCCCCCGGACUGAAAAGGAGAUGGAUAUGGCGAGGGCAGCAUACGAACAGCUCAACGAGCAGCUAUGCUCGGAGCUUCCACAGCUGAUCGACUUGCGCGUGCCUUACCUCGACCCAUCCUUCGAGGCGCUCGUCAAAAUCCAGCUACGGUUCUGCGCCGAGGCCUACAGUCGCAUGGCACAAGUACAGCAAUAUCUCGAUGCCGAUACCAGAGAGCAGUACGCCCAAGGGCACCUAGACUCUCGCGUCGAGCAGGUGCUUCAGGAAAUUAGGGAACUGAGCAUCAGCGGGACGGUCUGAGGGAGUAUAGUGUAAUAGGUGCCACGAAACAGCCCUAUGGCGGACCACCUCGCAUGCUCUCCUACCAAGGCCCCUCCUUGUCCGAUAAGUGUUCACUUGGAUCAUAGGAAGGACCGGGAGAUCGCCACAUGCGUUAUGCUUGAAACGGAGAACGGACGCAUGGGCGGGGCUCGAGAUUGGUUCUCUGUCUGGAUUUGGGGCUGAGAAUACCGAACGAUUGCGGCAUCGACACUCGUCAAACAGGGAACGAGAGCAUGAACGCUUGCUGCAUCGCGUUUUCAACAUCAGUACGAGAAGCUGACACUUGUACUCUUAGUGCGUUCCUAGGAAUUACUUGUAUCUGACAGGUUAGAAGGCGUUCGGACUUGCAUUUCCUCAAUCUUGGAAUGGCAUCCUUGGCUUGAACUAGUCGUGGAUGACUCGGAAAAUACGACUUUAUACCAGGCGAAUUCCGGUUGUCAGGGGUAGCCCGCAUGCACCUGCGACAUGGCCUGGGAGGCAACGCGCAUGCGGAUAUUCUUGACCGCAAAUUAUAUCUAGGAACGUGGUCGACGCAAGUCUCCCAAGGUAACACUAUCUAGAUCUGCCCCUUCACGCAUUUCCCUUCCCCAUGUUGGUACGAAUGUUGUUGUACUGCGAUCCCGGGUAUGAAAGCAGGUUCUGCGAGC